AUGGAUACUUUUCAAAAAUUACUAAGAAAACAGACUGAAAGUAUAACUCAAUUGGAAAAAAUGAUAAGAUGUUUACAGAAAGAUAUUAGUUUCGAAGAGUGGAGAAAUUUCGAGGACAAUAAAGACCAAAAAAGAGACAAAGAAAUGUAUAAAUAUUUUGCUAGCCUAGGAGGAAAGUCAUUGAAAGAAUUUAUGUCAUCCAUGCUCAGCCAAACGUUUGUUCCAAACUUGGCAAAAGAAUUAACAUGGACGGGGCAGAGGAAUAACAGCUCAAAAGAUGUGACGAGAGCCUUAAAAGAUAGUAAAAUUGUACAAAUAUACCGAGUCGCAAUAAAACGCAAUAGGAAAUUUGAAGGAGCAACAAUAGAUGAAAUUAAAAAAUGGAUUUCAGCUGGAUUAAAAACAACCAAGGAGAAGAUACGAACAUCAAAUAAAGAAAAAGAUAAAGUAAUAGUUAUAAGAAAUCCGGAAAUGGAUAUUGUAAUAGAUGAAACAUAA